UGGUCUUAUCGAAAUUCGUCUUCAGGAAAGGGCUGAUCAUUCAGAGAACGAGUACGAGAUUCCAGAACGUCGCAUAGAUCCCUUGUCCGGAUUCGAUAACCGUCUCUCUGGCUGCAGUACUUCGUCUGAAGAAUCCGAAGGAGGUGCUCUCAAGAAUCUUCACAUCUGUAAAGUACCAACAGAGAGCAGUUGGCCACCUAGUCCUACACCGUCAGAUGAGUCAGAGCCCGAAUGCUCAAAUACAUUUACGGGAGAAAUGCCAGGAGGAAGACUUCUAGACAUAAAGGAACCCGAGGCAGGUUUGUGCCUGGAUGAAAAUAUCUAUGAAAAUACGUCCGUCAUUCAGAGACGGCCCAGAACUGACUCUAGAACCACAACACCACCACGGUCAGCCGCUGUACGGAAUGACGCUAAACCCCCUCUUCCACCGCGUAAAACAAGUAUGUCGUCGUUAACGGCUAAGUCAGUCCCUCUGAAGCUACAGGAGAAAACUCCAGCCACGAAGAUGGAAACAAAAUGCAGGAAACUUAAAGGGGAGAAGCUAUCGGGAACGGCUGUCGUAAUUGUCGCCAAAACUACCCUCGUUCGGUACUUGUCUCAGCUACUGCUCAAGGAAACCAGUGACAGUAUUUUAGUUAUGGAUGUUCCUCGCGAACUCAAAGAUUACUUCCGGGUAGGCGACCAGUGGUUGAAGGUUAAUGAUACUAUGCUGAAAAACGUCCACUUUGCCCGAGACUGUGUUCGAAUGUCAGACAAACCAGAGAUCGAGAUCACGCUAAAGAGAAUCCCGUUUGGAACAAUCUGUGACUUCCAAUGGAAUUCAGAUAAUGUUGACGACAUAGGGUUGAAACUCCAAGGAAAUGAGAUUGAGCGUGUAUCUCAAGACGGUCUGGCUCAUCGCAGAGGAUCUCUACAGUCUAACGAUACGACUUGUCUGAACAGUGCGGGCUUGAGAUGCAACUACGUCAUCACUGAGGUCAACUUUGAGUGCGUCCACCCAGAUGCAACUACGGAACAGGUAUGGGAGAUGAUCAAGAAGGCAGAGGGCAUUGUCAUUCUCAUCCUCCACCCCGUGGACUUCCGUACCGUUCAGAGGGGCUACGACAUCGACGAAAAUGACGUGUACCAAAACGUAGGUCGAUCUAGCAACAUGCGCAAUGGAACCUUUUAGAGAAGUGCUAUACAAUAGCUUACAACCACGUAACAUGACAAAUAUUGAUCUAAGAUCAUUCACUUAAGACCCUCAAAGGAGCUACAGAGGGUCUAGAACAAGUGUGUACCAGAACAAUCCCCAAUUACACGAGAACAUUAUAUCGUGAUCCAGGCCAUUAGCGUUAUGCAAUUUUAGAGGAGCUACAAAUUGGCUGACAACAGCAUGGUAAUUAUGAAAAGCUCCGAACUUAACAGGUCACUCAAUGAACACGUUGAUUCUAACUUCAGAGAAACUUCAUCAUGGAUGCACAAUGCGAAUGCAUGAUUAAACAUUUGGAUCUUAGGUUAUUCUUAUCCAAAAUGCUUCAUUGAACUUUGAGGGAGCUACGAAUGAGUUGAAAGGGGCAUGUUGAAUGGAAAUUUACCAGGGCUACGACAUGGACGCGCAACGCAGAUGCAUAAUUGACCCAUCGAAGCCUUUUUCAUGCAACAUGCUAAAUAAAGCUUUACAUGAGCUACAGACAAGCUGAUGACUGCAUUAUACACGUAUAUCGCGUACAGAUGAUGACUGUUCAAUGAAUAAAACUCGAGAACCUUUUAGUUUUAUCUUGGGACUAAUUUACCGAACAGUCUUUAUCAGACCAUGGAUUUUACUAGCUAUGACUAGACGUGCAUGUCUUGAUCAAUUGAGACCCGAAUGAAAGAGACUCAUAUAUUUCAUAGAGAUAGACAACUGAUGGUUAUUACCACAUACUUGAUAUAUUUCCCGUUCUCCAAAAUGUCAAAAGGUCAUAAUAGUCGAUUUGUUACACUCAAAUAUUAGCCUCAAUGCACAGUAGCUAUUAGAAGUUUA